AUGAAACAAAUAAUAGUUAUUUAUAUAUCUAAAGGAGCUGAUAUCAAUCUUGUAAGAUAUGACAUACAACAACCACCUGCAAUUAUUAAUGGUGGAAAUUGUAUGGUUACCUUUUCAGUGGUUGUACAGACCAAUCAGAUCGACUUGAAAUCAGAGAAUUUCUCUUCAAACUACUCCCUUUCAAACACAGUAAACUCAAGAGGUGCAGGCUCAACAAGUUUAUUCAUAUUCCAAUCGGUAGUCAACUCUGUAACUAGAGAUUCCGAAUUUAAUUUACAGUUGAACAUCACCGAUACCACUAGUGCUCAAAUAUAUCCAUUUAUGAUCAAUGGAUUUAAAUGUUUAGAUCAAACCAUUAAUAAAUUAAAUGUAACAUUUAUUGGAGAACCAACAAUGAUCUCGAAUACUAUGACGGUCAAUCUAGAAGUAGAUUUUGGAAAUGAUGUUACCGGUGACCAGUAUAUCUCUUGUAUGGUUACUAAUUCACUUUCUAUCACCAAUUGUUAUUACCGAACAAUCAAUUCGAUGGCGAAUUCUGGAUUUAUUGUGAUGGAAAUGAAUCCUGGAUUUACAACACCAAUGCCAUCGUUUUUACUAGUUGAACUUACAUAUAUUACAUUUUCCACUACUAUCAAUAUUACAAAUGUAUUCCCAUAUAAUGUUACAAGAACCUCUGUGAUUGAAGAAAAAAUAUUUUAUCCGUUCAAUCAAUCGAUAGUACAUCAAGAUUAUCAAUUGAAUUCAUAUAAUUUAUAUAAUUUAAUGGUUGUAAAGAAUCCAAAUUCUUAUUUUACAGCUGUUACACCCCCACCAGCCACUACUCAGCAACCAUAUAUUUUAGUUGGAUCGAAUGAAACUCAUUCCACAUACCUAUUUUAUAGUCUUUUUACAAACUAUACCGGAGAUGCGUUCACAACCUACAUAUUAGAUUCUCAAUCUACAACAGAACCAAAUAGAUACUUUUCGGAAUUCUAUGUUAACCCAGAUUUCUUUAAAUCAAGAGUAUUAAAAGGAACAUCAUCAUUUGAUUCACAAACAGAUACGAUCUUAAUUGAUAUUUCAGUAUAUGUUCCAUUUUUGUAUAAAAAUUCUCUCACAUAUUAUUCGAAUUAUAAUAUGUUCAUGUUUAAUUCUCCUUAUCCAUCAUCGAAUAAUUUCACUGUACCUGGUUCAUUCAACUUUAAUUAUGUUGUACCUUUUUUUAAGUAUAAUACCCCUUCUAAUGCAUUAUUCACCAUGACCCCUGGAGAUGAUGCACAAGUUCCAAUCAUUCCUAUCAUUAGUCCACCUUUUUACAAUGUUAUUUUGAAUGAUCUUAGUUGGAAACAACUAACUUCAUAUUCAAUGCUAGUUCAUAUUAAUGUUACUUCAACAAGCUGUCCCAUUACAUAUAUUCUUUUAAGUUAUAUAACAAUUCUUACACCUUCAGAUCUAAUUGAGGGUGAUCUUUUCAGUGGUGUCUAUGAAGCUGUAGUUACGGUGACAUCGUAUGAAACCUUGGAGCUUUCAAUUCAAGACUCAUGCAAUCAUCUUUCUAAAUUUGAAAGUACAGUAUCCUACAAUCCAAUGAAACCACAAACUCUGCUUCCAAAAUAUCCAGCUUUCCAAAUUCCAAUUUCUCCUUCAAAUAUUACUUAUUUUAGAUUUUUAACAAAUGAUCUCGAUUUAUCGAAUGGAGAUGUCAAUGUUACUCUACAUUUUAAUGUUACAAAUCCAGAGAAAGAUGUUACACCUAGUUUUGUCUUUAAAAUAUUCCAAAUCCAAAAUAUUGGUGCAUAUGAUGCAAAUUUGGAUCUCUAUGUAAUCAACUUCACAGUUUCAUCCAAUAUGCCGGCAGGAGCUGUCGAAUAUUACCUCAUUUGGGUAGGAUAUUCGCUUCAAACUAAUAUAAUGAAUUCAUAUUUUGGCAGCCAAGCUGCUCUCAGAAUCAAGAAAUCAAGUUGUGAUUAUGUUCCUCCAAUGAUAAUUUCAGCAGAUCCUUUACCAGGUAACUCUUUUAAUUUGAAUACAGAAAAUGAUAAUGCUGAGAUUGGUUGGACACUUCAAAUAACCGAUUCUUCUGGAUUUGUAAAUGGAACAAUCCAAAUUAUAUCAGAUUUGGAUCCUCUACCAAGAAUUCUCACGAUCAACGAUACAAACAGAACUGGAGGUGAUCAAAAGAAUGGAAACUAUACAAUUAAAUUCAAUGUUUCUGGUCGAUGCAGAUCUCAAACUUUUAAAUUGACCAACGCAACUUUGUACGACACUAAUAAGCAAAAUGCAUACCUAUUUAUCAAUACAUUUGAUUCACUUUCACCAAUAUAUGGAACAAUUGGUUCAAGUGCAACGAUUAAGAUAAAUUGUUUAACAUCAAUUCAAGAUCAAACAGCACCAACAUUGAAAUCAUUAUCAAUGACACCGGUUGUUGAUGUCGGAGGAUUAGAUAGGUUGGUUUAUAUUAAUUUCACAACAGGAGAUGAACUGGGUGGAUCAAAUGUUUCCUUGAGACACAACCCAGUUGCACAUCUUCUCUCUGAAAAUGGAAAUUUCAUUGAAAUCACAUCAACUUUACUCAGUCAAACUGCGAAUGCCAAUGGAGAAUAUUCCUAUAUGAUCAAACAACAACUUCCAUUUGGCUUUGGACUGACCAAGAUCAUUGUUAAUAUUUAUGGAUUCGUCGAUAAUUUCAAUAACUAUCGAUCAUACACUUCAAUCAAUUUAAGAGAUUCCGGUUUCAGUUAUUAUAUAAACAGAUCAUUCACAACAAAUCAACCAAUAUUGGAAUCAUCAUCAGGAAUUACAAAUAGAGGUGGAUCAUUAACAAUCAAUGGAAGAUCAUUUGGCGUAAAUCUAAACAACUUGAACUCUCAAAUCGAUUAUCAGGAUGGAAAUGGAUAUCAAAAUAUUGCUAUCAAUUUCUUUUCUGGUAUUCUCCUUUCAUUUGAUAAUGUUAAAUCGAUUCAAAGUAACUUUAUUAAAAUCAGAGUUAUCAAGAAUGGAAUCAAAUCGAAUGAAUUGACAAUUCCUGUUAUUAGAUUAGAUCCAUUACCAACCACUUCUCCAAACCCUCCAACACCAACACCAUCAAAAUGUCCAGGAACACCAUCAUGUAACAACAAUGGACAAUGUAUCAAUUCAAUUUGUCAAUGUUAUCAACCUUGGUAUGGUCCAUCUUGUUCUUCAAAGAAUAUCAUUGUUCCAAUUCCACCAGCAUAUCCAGAACCAACAACAGGAACAAACAUAACAGAAUCUGGAAGUUUAAUCACAACAUCAAUUGAAAUCAUUGGAAUCAGAGAAUUGGAUGAUAUCAAUAAUAUCGUUGAACAAUUCAAUAUCAGCAAUUGGAAUUUCACAGACCAAACAACACCAACAACCAAUCCAAAAUAUUUCUAUUCAACACAAAUCAAUCAACGAUCAACCAUUUUAAAUGUGACAAUCGAAUAUUUCAAACAAUCAACAAAUAUCACAUUUGCAAAUCAGAAUCUAUUCAUUCCACAAUCAACAAUCAAAUUCACAAUGAAUCUGAAUUCAUAUCGAUUCAAACAACCAACCAACACAUUACAAAUAUUGAUGAAAGCAGCGAUUGAAAGUGAUCAAUCAGAUGUUUGUUCAUCAUCUGGAUUUGGAUCAGUGAAUGGAUCGAUUCAAUGGAUCAAAUUGAAUGUUGGAGAUCAAAGUCUUUAUGGAAGAUUCUUAUCCGAUGCCGUUAUUGACAACACAGUUACACCGAUCAAGAAUGUUAUCAUUGAUCAAGAUGAUAUCGAUUCAGAACAAAACAAACAAUUCCGAUCAGCAAUUGUUGGAAUCACAAUUCCAUCAUACUCAGACUCUGUCGAUUUAGAUCCUGAUUUCUCGAAUCUCAUUGAUGUUGGAUCAAGUGACACAUCCGAUUUCAUUUGUCCAAAGAAAGGAUUAUCGAAUGGUGCAAUUGCUGGUAUCGUCGUUGGUGGUGUUAAAUAG